CCGCUGCCGGUUCACGACUCGGGCGAACCGAAUUGCAGGCUCACGCUCAGUGCGCGAGCAAGCGUGAUACGGAAUGAACGUGUGGUGCGUUUUGCGCGGACGUUGACACUUCGAUUUAUUUUUUUAUUUUGCGACAUUUAUGCAGCCAGAAUUAUAAACGUUUUGGAGUAUAAAGUUGGACAAAUAAAAAAGUUUUUAUUGUCUAAAGUUUACUUCGAUGCAGUUCGCGCAGAGUUUUGACCAGUAUUUGUGAAUUUCCGUAUAGACGCGAAAAAAAGUGAAGAAGACAUUUCGAAACAAAGGACUGUUUUGUACAUUUUCGCAACGGUUGCGAAUUUGUGUUCAAAAAUUAUAAAACUGGCUCAAUCGUGGAGGGCAUAAUAAAAAAAUAUUGCUCUCAGCCAACUAGUUCGGACUCAAUCUGUGGUCACCGACCGUAAAAAACAAAAACGCAUCAUCAAAUUCACUAACAUUUUUCACAAUCUGUUUUUUCAAAGGUUCCCUAAAAAUUCUCGUUGAAAGCAUCGUGAACUUGUCCCAACUUGCUAAAUUACUGUGAGUUUAACCUCGAAAUUCGUGCUAAGUGGAUCUGUUAAGUUGAACUAUAAAAAACGCAAAAGAAGCAUCGAAAACCUGGAUCGUAAUUAGUGUCGAGUUGGUUUUACAUAAUGUCUACUGCCAUAAUGCAUCAGUCUGCGCUGUACGACUUUGGUGAACUGUUCUUAAAGAACCAAACUCGCCCAGUGCAGACGAUGAACGCCACACUGAGCAGCGCGCUCGGCCCCGUCGGCGCGACCAACGUGUCGGCCGCCGUCGGCUGGGACCAGCACCCGGUGCUGGCGCGCGCCGCCUCCGUGCCGGCGCAGCGCGCGCUCGCCGGCCUGCUCACCAGUCUCGGCCACCGCCGCCUCGAGCGCACCACCAGCGACCCCGCGCCGCCGCCGCCCGCCACCAGCCGCUACAAGACCGAGCUCUGCCGACCCUUCGAAGAAGCCGGCGUCUGCAAAUACGGCGACAAGUGCCAGUUCGCCCACGGCGUGCGCGAGCUCAGAAACCUCCAGCGCCACCCCAAGUACAAGACGGAGCUCUGCCGCACGUUCCACUCCGUGGGCUUCUGCCCGUACGGGCCGCGCUGCCACUUCGUGCACAACGCCGAGGAGGCGAGACGCCGCGAGCCGCCGUCCCCCGGCGGGUCGCUGGCGUCGCUCUCGUCGGGCGGCUCCCUCACGUCGUACAUGAGCGACGGCUCCCGCUCGCCGCGCUCGCCGCACUCGCCGCUGACGCCGCAGUCGCCGCUGGCGCCGCACUCCCCGCCGGCCAUGUCGCCGCCCGCGCACACCAACUCCUUCGCGUUCCGCGGCACGCACUCGCCCGAGCUGGAGGAGGAGCGGCUGCCCGUGUUCAACCGCCUCUCGUCCGCGUUCGGCGACCUCGUGAUCGCCUGAGCGGCCUCCUAGUCCUGAGCCGACGACCGAGCGUAGCGUGUAAGGAUCGUCCGUCACCGUAGUGCCUACUCGACGUCUUCCACUGCGCCCGAGCGACGUCCCGCGGACGCGCCUCACGCCCUCACCCGCUCAACGAAUGAUCUCCAGUUUACCGACGCUCCUCCUACGCCCAGACAAGUGUACACUGGCGUCUCGAAAGUUUGCGGUGUGAUUGUUAUAGUAGAUAUACAUCUUUUUAGUUAUCGGCACGCACUUGUAAAUGGCACCUUAUAUUAUUAGAUAUUUAUUGCGUAGCUCGCGGAAGUCUUCCCGAUGCGAUCCUCCGCCGAGCGGUGGUCUCUGUAAAGUUAGCUGAUAGUGACAUUUUAUUUAUUUCGUACUGCCUGUCCGCGCUCGGUACCGUACCGCGAGAAGGCGCUCGUGAUCUAUUUUUAAGGAUAUAAGAUAAUAAUUUAUUAUUUAUUUCGAGUCUCUUUAACUUUAAUUAUUAUUUUGUAGCUAGCAGUUGCGAUGCCACACCGCAUACGGACGAGGCACGCGUCGACGGGACGUGGCUCGUUACAUACACCUCGAACUCGGCUGACCGACGCCGAUGGGUUCCGGAGAGAGACGGGCUUAUGACUGUUAUCAUCGAAUUAUUUUCUUGUAUCGAUCACCUCUGUACUGUAACUCUGACGUCAUUGCCACCCGCACCAAUGGGCAGUCGUCGGACGCGGAGCUCGUUCGGCAACAUCGGAAAGGUCCUGCGGCACGUCUGCGAGGAUUUUUCCUUUUUGCGCCGAGCGAACGCCGCGGCUGGCGAGCCUGAAACCUGUUCUAAAGUUUUGGUGAUUGUUUUUUUCGUCCUCGCGACCGCGGCCGGCUCUCGCUCCGGUUGACGAGAUGCUGCGGCGCACGCAAAAAAUGACAGGUAUCCGAGAAUAAGCCCGUCGCUCUCCCGAGACUCCGUACACCGAUAUACCUGUAGCCUGUACUGUAUAAAGAUAUGACGACAAUAGUAUAUAGCCUAUGUGAAGCAUGGCGACGGGCGCGCGGCGGGCCGGCCCUCCCCCCGCGCUUCCACGCCACCCCCCGCGCGCCCCCACACAAGUGCCUUUUACUGUAUAACAAACAAAAUAAAUCGAUUAUAAUAUUUAAUUUUUAGUUGAUCGAGAUAGAAUGAUUUUUUUAUUUAUUGUUUCUUUUUGAAUGUAAUAUUCAAAUCGGCGCAGUUAUUACUUUUUUUUUGUACUUUGACAGAGCUAAGUGAUUUGUUUCGACGUAGAAUAGUUUUUUGAAUUUAAAGUGUGAUAUUUUAUAAUAUUUAUAUAACAAAGUUUAAUGUUUUAAUUAAGGGACCAAUUUAAGUGAUUAGGAGAAACUCUGAUAGAACCAGCCAGAUACGCUUUGAGUUACCGGGAAAUAGCUCCCCUGGUCGCCCCUGGUUGCCCCUGGUAGCCUAGAGUGAAGUAUUUUUUAUACGCCAGAUCUAAGACUUUUUGUACGAUUAAUAAAAACAUAUUUAAAACCAUAAUGGUUUUUCUUUGUUAUCUUAUAACUAUAAGCAGACAGAACCAAGAUGGUGGUAUUAUUUUGUUUUUCUUGGAGUAUUUUUGUAUUUUAGUUUCAGUUUUUCUCCAUCUCAAAGAUUUGCAUGGUGACCGCAGAAUGAUAAUAAUUUUGUACCUAAUGUUAAGAUUUAGUUUUUAAGCGUUUUUUUCAUAAAUCUCGCGAAUAUUAUUUAUUAUCAGUUCAUUACGAAUUAUAAACCAUUAAAACGGAUUUAUUUAAUUUCUUUUUUUUUUUUGUAUUUAAAACGAACAUUUAAGUACUACGAUUACUUGUAACUUAAUGUUAGUAAUAUAUCAUGAGUCAUUUAAUAUAACAAGCAUUAGUUUAGUUACUCUAGUACCUACGUCACUUGUAAUUAAGUAUUUAAUGUUUUUUUUUUAUUUAAUUCCAUUUGUAAGUUAAUCUUCCAAAAAAUUGACUUUACUAUUUUCCAAUACGGACAAAAAAUUAAGGCUUGUUUAUGACAUUUUCUUGUAAGUUUUCCUUAUUUCCAUCUGCAUUUUUAUUGAAUUAUAGCCAAAAUAUGUUAAAA